AUGGCCCCCGCCUGGCUCGAAAAGUUCAUCACGCGCGAGGAUGCCACCCCAGACCCGCGACGCAGCUCGGACCAGCCUAUUCAUGAGAUUCGAUAUACCGCCGUUGCAGAACACCGUCGUAUUCUAAGUGUGGCCGGCGGUGGACUACCGCAUUACGAACUCAAAAGAGAGUCAGUACUUGGUUCUUGGGGCAGCAAGUGUUACGUUACAUCCCCUUCAAACCAAAAUGCAGAAGUCGCAGUACUAGACUUCCAUGCUUUACCUCGAGCUUUCACUGAGAUAAAACUCCUACAACGCAACCACGAUAUCAAAAUAAGCACAAGUAAGCAAAAGUUUAUUGCCAGCGGUGGACUUGGCUCUGUAUAUUGGAAAGGCACCGGUGGAGAGUUGCAAGGCCACGCAUCGUGGGAGCUGCGGGAUGAGACGAGCCUCGUUAUGAGCGUUAUGAUUGACUCAAACCAGACGAAUGGAGUCAUUAGCCUCUUUAAGGAGAAACUAGAGGCUGAGACGAUAGAGGAGCUCAUUAUGGUUGGUCUCGCAAAGAUUGAGGAUUAUAAGCAUAUGUUAAGGGCCUCAAAAAGAUCUCUUAUCGGUGCCGUCAUCAACAUGGCCUAA